AUGAACGCCUUCUUCGACAAUCGCGCGCGAGCUGCCGCUGCAGCAGCCAAGGCGAGCUCUUCCAAGGACACAGCACCGGCACAAGACAAUCGCCUGCAGCCGUGGGUGGAGAAAUAGUAUGUAUUGAGAAGAGAAACAUACCACCGCUUCUCCUUGCUAAAGAGACACAGCCGUCCCAAGUCCCUCGACGACGUCGCCGCGCAAGAUCACACUGUCACCGUACUCCGACGAACGCUCCAGUCUGCCAAUCUUCCGCAUAUGCUGUUUUAUGGUCCACCAGGUACCGGCAAGACAAGCACCGUCCUCGCCCUUGCGAAACAGCUCUACGGCCCAGAGCUGAUCAAAUCACGUGUUCUCGAGCUCAAUGCAUCAGACGAGAGAGGGAUCAGUAUAGUGCGAGAGAAGGUCAAAAACUUCGCGCGAAUGCAGCUGUCGAAUCCACCUUCCGGCCCAGCAGGAGAGGAAUACAAGAAGAGAUACCCAUGUCCGCCGUACAAGAUCAUCGUGUUGGAUGAGGCGGACAGCAUGACCCAAGACGCGCAAUCGGCUCUACGAAGAACGAUGGAGACGUAUAGCAAAAUCACCCGCUUCUGUCUUGUCUGCAACUACGUCACCCGGAUCAUCGACCCUCUGGCUUCCAGAUGCAGCAAGUUCCGCUUCAAGUCCUUGGACGAGAGCAACGCUGGAAAGCGAAUCGAGGAUAUUGCGCGACUCGAGAAUGUGAAGCUGGAGUCUGGCGUGGUAGACACGCUCCUCCGAUGCAGCGAGGGAGACUUGCGGAAAGCCAUUACCUUUCUACAGUCCGCUGCGAGACUCGUGGGUGCAGUGCAGGUCGCGACGGACAAACCUGAUAAGAAGCGAAAGCGCAAGACGGUUGCCGAAGACGAUGAAGAUGACGAUGCCAUGGACGUCGAUUCUACAUCCCCCGCAGAUUCGAAGCCUGUCACUGUCAAAUCAAUCGAAGAGAUUGCUGGAGUUAUCCCCGACAACACCAUGGACCAGCUCCUAAAUGCCAUGACCCCCAAAUCCAAGUCUGGCGCGCCGUAUGGUCCGAUCGCACAAGCGGUAGAGGAUCUGGUUGCCGAAGGUUGGUCUGCUUCGCAAAUCGUGACGCAGCUGUAUGAUAAGAUCGUACUGGAGAAUGAGACCAUCGGCGACGGGGCAAAGAACAGUAUAAUGCUUUGCUUCUCGGAGACUGAUAAGCGGCUGGUGGAUGGUAGCGACGAACACCUCACGAUUCUGAAUCUUUGUUUGCAAAUCGCUGGUAUCAUUGGCGGUGAUAGGUGA